AUGCGUUAUCGCAAAUUCAAUGUAUCGGCUUUUGUAGAUGGCGCCGUCAACGCUGCUGGUAACUGUGCUAGGUCUUGUGUGAAGCUACUGAAAUGCACCGAAGGUCAAUAUAACAAGGCAUUUCUUAUGACUAUGGAUAAUGGGGCAGAGGUCAUAGUAAAGAUUCCUAAUCCUAACGCUGGUCCGGCUUUCUAUACAACUGCCUCUGAGGUUGCUACACGGCAUUUUCUACGUACGGUCUUGAAGUUACCCGUCCCGCACAUAUACACAUAUUCUUUAGAUCCUCUUAAUCCAGUCGGUGCCGAGUACAUUAUUGAGGAGAAAGCAAAAGGCAAACCACUAGGGAGCCUUCGGCACCAGUGGCAAACAGAAUCCCAACUCGGCCUUGUUGCUCAGCUCGUUGAGUUUGAGACAAAACUGGCGUCAAUUUCAUUUCGAAGGCACGGAUGUAUCUACUACAAGAAGGAUUUGGACAGGAAAGGUCUCCCUGCCUAUGAUCUCGAAGCCGGAUCUUCAUUAUCUAAUGGUCUUACGAUACGGCUCAACCCUGUGCUAACAGAGGGGUUUGCAUUUGGGCCCUUGACUGAAGCAAGAUUGUGGGAACACGAAAAAGCUACGAUGAAUUUAGAUCGAGGUCCUUGGAACACUCCUUCAUCCUACAUGGCAGUUAUGGGGACUAACGAGAUACAAUGGGCGACGGCAUACGCAAAGUCCCAAAUGAACAGUCAUCGAUCUGAUGAAACGCCCGACUCUCCCAAUGACUACAUUUCACUCUGA